GGAAAAAGAAAGGAAAAGAGAAAGGGAGAAGCUUCGCAGUUAAACUGAAAUUAAUUGACCCAAAUUAUGGUUAUGGUUUCUUUUCACUUGAUCCAGUUGAUUACAAGUUAUAACUUGAUUAUCCUUUUAUUAGCAUAAUCAUUUUGAUACAAUAGUAUCAAUAUCAUCAUUUUCUGUUGACAAGUUAUCUAAAGCUGUUUUGACAGUUGUUUAUCAACAUUCUUAUUCACUUGUCUCCUCUUUCCUCAUCUGCUUGUUUUUCAUUUUUUUGACUAUCAUGUAUCCAUCAUUUAACUUUUUAAUCAAUGAGUUUUUCAUUUUCUAUUUCAUGUGACAUCCUAUUGAAUCUGUCUUUAGUCUCUUCAAACCUUUCAACUAUCCACAACGUAACCACCUGCUCUUAAAGUAGACAUAAUUUUUUGUUUACAAGGUGCAUCAUCAAGGAAUUCAAAGUGUAAACAAAUGUGAUGAAACGAUUGAACAAGAGGAUUUAAUCCAAUGAACAAGUAUGAGCUUUGUCAUAUCCUUUUGCUUCUUAGCAGCUCUUCUUCAGGCCAUUCUUGUUAAUCAUCAAGGACAAUCUCUCUUCUCGGGACAGUCCAUAGAUAUUGAUGUUGCUGGUGAUAUUGAAAAUGGUCUCUUUCUGUUGCCAGCCUCUGUAACCUCAGGGGCUGUCAAUCUCAUUGAUCGUCAUAAAAAUGAUUCCUUAUCAUCUAUCUCUUCAUCGAACUCAAUCACUACUUACUAUUCGUCAUUUUCUUCGUCACAACCAAUUAGUGUCAAGGCAAGUUUUGGCACUAUAACAACUACCGAGACCGUAUUUCCUUACGUCGGACCACAUGAUACUUAUUCAUACCUCAAAAACCAGUUGAAAACGAAUGGAUUAAAUAAGUCUAACAAAGCUUUUCCUAAGAAUUUCAUGAAUGGAGCUUCCCUUCGUGAGAAAAUCACUGAUUCAACUCUAGUCGAAAUAAAUCCAGCUCAUGGUAAACAUUCUAUAGCCUAUUUGAUUACACCUCAAGUUAAUCGGAACAGUCCGGUUAUCAGAGUGCUAUUCUAUACAACUCAUGCUGUAAUUCAUUCUUCACCUACUGUAACCUCACCAACAAAGGAUGAAACUGGCAGUAACAGCAAUAGCAAAAGCAAUAAUUCCGGUGAAGGUGUCAAUCAUGGAGGCAAUCCUUCAAACGAAGCCUCACCCUGUAUAUUUGUAUCAGUCUCAAAAGAUGGAGAUAACCUUAUUGGAUCUUGUACACCAAUUAAUAACCGGGAAGGAGCAUGUUUAGUUGAGAUUACAUUACCUGCUUAUUGGUGGCCUCCGGUAGAAUUGGAUUCAGCAUCACCUAAAUCAAGGAAACCAGCUCUAGUAUCUGUUGAUUAUAAAACUUUUCAUACCUACCAAUGUACUGAGAAUGGCUCUCUUCUCAACGAUAACAUCAAAAGACUUAAAAGCCUUACCGAUGCCUUCACUCAUCUUGGGAUAGUUACUCUUUCUCCUUUUACCGGCGGCUACGAAGAGGUUACCAACGAUGAUAUUGUACGCAUUCUGAUUCCCCAGCAAAUAACCUAUCCCAACAACAAAAUAUACAUACCUGUUUGUUUUCGUUAUAACCCAAACUAUCCAAUGACUGCUUUUCGAUUGAGAGCCCGAGUGAAAAGUGGUCUUCGUAUUCUAGGUGUUCAACCUUCACCUGUUUCUCCUUGGAAAAUAUCAGUUGAAUUAAACAGUAAGCAAACUCUUGCUACCGUUACAGCUAAAUUGAAAGAUGAUCUAAUGGAUUCUGAAGAUUUACAAUCAGGAGAUCCUGGGAUGCAUCUUUUACUCUCUCAAGAAAUUUAUUCAUGGCUUAUACAAGUCAAUGAGAAUGUUGAUUUCAAUGAUAAUGGUCGAAUUGUUUGGCAGCUUGAGUAUGUUACUGAUAUUGGAUUCGACUCAGCAACUUUAGAUUCAUCCUCUUCUACAUCCAGAAAGGACAGUGAACGAGACACCUCUAAACUUUCAUCAAUUUUGGAUAUUCAAAAGGAUGACAUUCAAGCUGUCAUUGGUAUAACUCAAAGUCUUUCAAUGAUUAAUACUGCAAUUUUAACUGGUAAACAGGUUGCUCAAUCUUUAAGAGUAUUUGCAGUAUCCCAAGCAGGGCGAAUUGGUGAUGUUACUCUUCAAGCAAGCUGUACCUCAACUGAUGAAUCAGUUCUCAAAGUAUCGCCCUCAUGUACCUCAAUUUACCUUGAUGGUUCAGAAAUACGUGGUUCUUCAAACGCAACCAUCUCGAUUAAAUACGGAACAUACACAGGUCAAGCCAAUUUUGUCGUUUGGAUGCCUAAACUACCUUUAGAAGUUCGAGUUUCAGAUAGCAAAUUGAGUCAAAUUAAAGGAUGGAAGAUACCUCAUUUGAAAAGAGAGGGGCGUCGUUCAUAUCACAAUCAAAAUAGCAUUUACGGUCACAGUAAUCAUAAAUCAAGACGAUCUUCUGCAAAAAAUUCACCAAAUGAUAAAAUUGAUUAUAGUUCAACUGAUAAUGAUAUUGGAUGCAGAUUACGGCAUCAACAAGCUUACAUCCAAGUAUUCAGUCGAUUUUUCAGCACGGAUCACAACUCAGGCCGUGAAUCUUAUUUAUUAAAUCGUAAAGUGUUAGCUCAAGUUACGAAAUUAGUCACACCAUUUUUACGUGUUACCGAUAGCCGUGUCGCAAUUAUUCGAAGCAACAUAAUUGAAGGCAUUUCAUCUGGACGCACCGAAAUUCAAAUUGUUUCUCCCAUCACGAAUCAAAUUUUAGGUUCAACAGAAAUCCAUGUUGGUAAUGAUAAAGAAAUGAUUACACAAUUGGAAGUCAAUUUGGUUACUGGUUUGUCCCUGUCUAUUACACCUGAAAGUAGUUUAACCAAUGUUUGGAAGAUCACUGCAAACAUUUCAAGUAAACUGGUUAAUCAAUACCAAGAAGGCUUAUUGAAUAUAAAAGUACAUUUUUCUGAUGAUACAGUUACAUCUCUUGCUGAUAUAAAUGACUCUGAUUAUCAAUUAUCAAUUAAUACACUUGAUAAUGGUGGCAUAGCUUAUGCUCCGUUAAUUGGUCAACCCUACCCUAGAGUGAUUGUCAUAGGCCAAGGUAAUUCUCAACUUCACGUUUCUCUGGAAGUUUCAGACCAGUGUCAAAGAAAACUUACUCAACCUUUAGCUAUGAGCUACAUAAAUGCCAAUGUUGACCUUAACUUACCUUCAGUUCAUCUUCAAAAUGAUGCUGAUUUCCGUAAAUAUAAUGGCAUUUUGGUUAAUCGCAACCAAAAUUCAUUUCAUCCCAACCAUCCUGACGAUGAAGACUCUUCAAUAGCAUAUGGUCACUCAAACAUCAUCGAAAGUCAUCCCAACGCUCCUUCAAUUGAAGCUCGCUCCAAUCGUGCCAUAAAUACCGGUGAAUUGACUCCACUAGAAGUCGGAAUGUACUCAAUGUUGGGUGUUUUCACUUUAGCUGUAUCUCUUUUUAUUAUUUCCUGUUUAGUUUUCCGAAUCAAAGGCAAACAAACAUCUGACCUGAUGGUUGCUACAUUACCCUUACCCAUGGGUCAUCAUGGAUCAUCAUCAAAUCAAAAGGUUGUUGCUAAUGCUAAUGAUUGGAUUUGGUUAGGUAAAGCAACUCUUCAACGCAGCUCACCACCAUCCUCAACUAAAAAUGAUAGUGAAGCCUCUCAGGGAUUGAUUUCAUUGAAUGACCUGAAAAACCCUGAGAACCAUCACCUUAAUGUAACUAAAGAAAAUGAUUCAAAUCGAAUGAGCACAAUAUCACAUCCAGGUUCGGAAAUAAGUAUACGAAUCACAACAAAUCCAGUUGACGAGGUUUGUCUUGAAAACGAGGCAACACCUAAACCUUCAACACCUUUUGGUAUCAAUAUGGAAAUUGAGAGAUUUUAUCGAUCAUUAUCUCCAAUAAUUCCAUCAACAUCAAACCAAAUUCCACCUCCAGUUCCAGCACGACGAACUAAAGGCCCUCCAACAUCUCAUCAUAUCACACCACCACAAAAGGAGCCUCUGUUUGACACUUGUGCACCAAUUAUCAUACCAAAUCAUAAACCUCCACAUAUACCUCCUCGUCUCACUCGAUCCAUUCGCUGUGACCAAGUGGCUGACUCUUCAUCAUCCUCAUCUUCAUUUUCAUCUCAAUCUCCUCGACCACCGCCUGUUCCACCUCAUUCAGUAACUUCACGAACUACCAAAAAACCUCCACUGCCUCCUCACAGAACGGUGCCAUCAAAACCUAAACGCCCGGUAAUAUCAUCUACAACGAGCAAUAUUAAUAAUGAUAAUGAACAGAUGAACCCAACCUGUUUCAAGAAUACCAAAGAUCAUAGGAAAUAUAAUAAAGAGGUUAACCACUCAAUCAUUGUCAAUCCAAGCUCGGCAUUAACUGAGAUGACUCAAGAUAAACUAGAUAAAGUCACCAAAGAUAUGAAUUAUAAUCAACUGAUGGAAUACUUUCAAAAUCUCAAAGAAUCAAGUGCAUAAUAAAUUGCAAUCCUUUUCUCCUUCAUCUCAUUAUCCUCAUCUCAUUAUCCUGAUCUGCAAAAAUCUCAUCUUUUGAUCAAUCUAUCGGAUUUGCGUGAUUGAGAGGUGAAAAAUUGAAAGCCAUAUUACCAAUCAAUUCACGAUCCCAUUUCUUAAUCCUAACACCAACCAUAGUUUGAACGAUUGUAAAGCCUUUCUCAUUUCUAGAUUAAUCAAUUAUAUUUAAAUUAAGGAUUUCAAAAUGAUUCAACUUGAAACAAAAUCAUGGACCAGUUCCGAUACCAACAAUCUCACUUUGAUUUCACCCAAUCGUUAUUCAAUCAAUUUGGUUCAACCUUUCACCUUUUUGGCGUCACCGUUUGCAUCUGUUUAACAAAGUAUCACAAUGUUGAUGGACAAUUAAAUCAUGGAUUGAAUAUUUUCAGGGUGGAAACUGAUUUCCCACACGAGUUAUUUAGUGCAUAAAGAUUAACUCCACCUUCCUUUCACUUUACUUAAAGCUUGAUUAUUGAUCGAAAAAGAUCUUCAUUCAAACUAAAUGAAAUACUUAACAUACUCAGUCAAACAUUAAAUUAUCGUAUUAGAAGAGACUUGGUGCGAAACAGAUUUACCUUGGUCAUAAUUUAAAUUAAAUUUUCAAAUGUAUAUAUCGUCUCAAUAUCUGCAGAUUUAAUUUCAUUUUUUACUCACUUGACUGUUUAACCUUUAUAUAUCACUCCCACAAUUCUGUUGUUUCUUUACUCCCUUCAAGGAAACCAAAAUUAUCAUGUCAAUUAUCAUGCUUUGAAAUUAUCAUUUAAUUUAAAACUCUUUAAUUUCUAUCCAAAUUAUCUAGACUCGUGUAAUUUUGAAUAAAAACAACGUGUAUAAAAGCGAA